AUGAUUAAAUCUGUUUUCGGAAAGGGUUUAAUGUACCGUACAUAUGGUAGCAAUUCUAACAAAAUCUAUACUUUCGACCAAUUUAAAGUUCUAGUCCAGAACCCAUCCUCCAAAGUUGUGUUAGUUGACGUGAGAGAACCUUCUGAGUUACUGGAUUAUAAAUUACCACAUACUAUUAACAUUCCUUAUAAGACUAAACCUGAAGCAUUAUCAUUAAGUAGAUCUCAAUUUAAGGCUGAGAUGGGAUUUGAGAAACCAGCUGAAGAUAAGGAAUUGGUAUUCUUUUGUGCAAAAGGUAUUAGAGCUGCUGCUGCAAAAGAUAUUGCAAGUAAGAAUGGAUAUUCAACUACAGCUGUGUACCCUGGAUCUAUGACUGAAUGGUUGGCUAAUGGUGGUCGCGAUAUUAAAUAA